AUGGCUGCAGGUGGUUAUGGAGAACGUUCUUUGAAGGAGACGCCCUCUUGGGCUGCUGCUCUGGUUUGUGCUGUUUUUGUUGUCAUUUCUAUUGUCAUUGAACUUGGAAUUCAUUCCCUUGAAAAGUGGUUUCAAAAGCGACAAAAAAAGGCCAUGAUUGAGGCUCUAGAGAAACUUGAAGCAGAAUUGAUGCUCCUAGGCUUCAUAUCACUACUUAUAACAGUUGGUACAAAACCAAUUUCUAAGAUCUGUAUUCCUGAGAAAGCUGGAAAUACCAUGCUUCCUUGUAAGAAGGAAGCAAAGAAGGAUUAUGGGAACGGCGACGGGAGAAAGCUAUUAUGGUAUGCUGGAGAUGAUAUAUCCCAUCGCCUUCUUGCUCCCGCCGCCAGUGGGGAUGACUACUGUUCCCAAAAGGGUAAAGUAUCACUGGUUUCACAGUCAGGGGUUCAUCAAUUGCACAUCUUCAUAUUUGUGCUGGCAGCAUUUCAUGUUAUCUAUAGUGUAGUGAUUAUUGCUCUGGCAAAGGCUAAAAUGAAGAGAUGGAAAUCUUGGGAAUUGGAGACAACAUCUCUAGAGUAUCAAUUUACUAAUGACCCUUCAAGGUUUAGGUUCACUCGUCAAACUUCAUUUGUUAAGCGGCACACCGGCUUAUCUGCAACGCCUGGUCUUAGAUGGAUUGUGGCCUUUUUUAGGCAAUUUUUUACAUCGGUAACAAAGGUUGAUUACCUUACAUUGCGACAUGGAUUCAUCAAUGCUCAUUUUGCACCAAACAGCAAAUUCAACUUCCACAAGUACAUUAAGAGAUCAAUGGAGGAUGACUUCAAGGUUGUCGUUGGUAUUAGCAUUCCACUGUGGAUAUGCUCUAUCAUAUUCCAGCUUCUCAAUGUUUAUGGAUGGUAUACAUUUACAUGGUUACCAUUUGUACCACUAGCAGUAAUCCUUAUUGUCGGUGCAAAGCUGGAGAUUAUUAUCGUGGAAAUGGCUCGGGAGAUCCAAGAUAAAACUGCAGUGGUGAAAGGUGUUCCUGUGGUCGAGCCUAGCAACAAAUACUUUUGGUUCAAUCGCCCUGAUAUUAUUCUUUUCUUAAUACAUUUCACCUUGUUCCAGAAUGCCUUCCAGACGGCAUACUUUUUGUGGACAUGGUAUGAAUUCGGAUUGAAAUCAUGCUUCCAUGACAAUUUGUUGGAAAUGCUUGCAAAAGUUGUCCUUGCCAUUAUCCUUCAAUUUUUAUGUAGCUAUGUCACCUUCCCUCUCUAUGCCUUGGUAACUCAAAUGGGGUCUCACAUGAAGAAAGCAAUAUUUGAAGAGCAAACAUCAAAAGCAAUAAAGAAGUGGCAAAAGUCAGCAAAGGAAAGGAGAAGGUUAAAAAACAAGGCAGUGGCAGAUGGUUCAUCAAAUGGGUUCUCAAUGACGAGUCCAGAUCAUCAGAGUGGUACCCCAAGCAGGGGCACAUCACCAUUGCACUUGCUUCACAAGUUCAAACACAACUCUACAGACAUUGAAGGUGGUUUAAGUACUUGUACCUCUCCUAGGUCUUGCUUUUCUGAAACUGAGUUGUCUGAAAUUGAAGGGGCAGCACCCUCUAGUGAUGAUUAUGAAUUGAGAAGGCAAAACAAUCCUAAAAGACUAGAAGAAAGUCGUAGUGCUGAUUUCUCUUUUGCCAUGCCUUGA